AUGCCAGAAGACCAUAAGCGAAACAACUUCCUUGAUGCUGGCGACAGCGACUCGGACGCUGGCAAUAGAUCAGACUCUGACGACAACUUCCAGAAAGGAGGGCGUAGCGCCAAACGGAGGAGGGUAGAAGAGGAUGAGAGCGAUAUUGAAUCCGAUUUCAGCGACAAUGAUUACAAGGAGCAGGAUAACAACGAGUCUGGGGGCGCAAACCUAAAACAGGAUGGAACGGAACCAUCAGGCGAUGAUAAGGACAGCGAAGGCAAAGACAAAAAGAAGAAAGACAAGUCAGAAAAGGAAUUGAAGCUCCCUGAUGUGACGAAGCCUCUUACGAAGAAGAAUCUCGUCGUUACCGCCGAAGCCAUUAAGAAGUCAGGAGUAAUCUACCUGUCACGAAUCCCCCCGUUCAUGAAGCCGCAGAAGCUGCGCUCCCUUCUUGAACCCUACGGCAAGAUCAACCGCAUCUUCCUGGCCCCUGAAGACCCUGCAGAGCAUGCCCGCCGUGUGCGGAUGGGUGGGAAUAAGAAGAAGAUGUACACAGAGGGCUGGGUAGAGUUUGUGAAGAAGAAGGACGCCAAGAAAUGUGUCGAUCUUCUGAACGCUCGAACUAUCGGCGGCAAGAAGACCAGCUGGUAUCGCGAUGAUGUUUGGUGCAUGAAGUAUCUCAAGGGCUUCAAAUGGCACCAUCUUACCGAACAGAUCGCCGCCGAAAACGCCGAGCGCGCCGCCAGAAUGCGCGCCGAAAUCGCCAAGACAACCAAGGAGAACAAGGAAUUCAUCAAGAACGUCGAGAAGGCCAAGGUUCUCAACGGCAUCGCGGCCAAGGCAGAAGCCAAGAGGAAACGUCUAGGCGUAGGCGAGGGUGGGAAGGAAGAAAGCAAAGAAGACGAAGGGGAGACACAAACGAUAGAGGGAGGAGUCGGGUUUGUGCCGGCGAAGCGGCGGACAUUCAAGCAGAUACCCCUGGCGAAGAAGAGGAAAGUCGACGAGGACCAGCCGGAGGAGGUCAAGAGAGUGCUCAGCAAGAUCUUUUGA